UGUUACGAACUUCAGUGAAGAGGGAUGCGCGUGCGUGUCCAAUAUGAUAACAAGGAGGCUGACCAUUUUAUAAAAGAUGGGGACUAAUAAUGCUUCUUUAGAUUAGGGAAUUAGAAAUUGAUAAUCUGAGAUGGAUAAUUGAGAAACGGCAUCCCAGGUAUUAUUAUGUGUUGGGGUCCCAUUGGUAAAGUCGACCAACUGGAGAGUGCGUGGGAAGGGCACACGGAGCAGAUCUAACUACCUUUCCCCAACCCAACCCUCUCUGACAUUGAUUCCUUACCCCAAAUCCCACCCCAAUUAAUACACGCGGAGCCCGCCAUCUCCGACCGAGUAAAACUCCAAAUUCACCGCCCCCGCUACCUCAAUAGCCAUUUCCAUCUGCUGCUGCUCUAGGGUUUACCCAUCAUCAACAAAAACAUGAUCCAGCUCCUCUUCACCGUCAUCUUUGCCGAAAUGGCUCUUAUCAUGACCCUCCUCUUCAAAACCCCCCUCCGAAAGCUGGUCGUCAUGGCCUUGGAUCGGGUCAAGCGUGGGAGAGGUCCCAUCAUGGCCCAGACUGUUGCUACUACUGUUUUUGUGGUGCUUAUGUCCAGCGUUUACAGUAUGAUGAAGAUCCAGAACCGUUCUGUCGAACCCGGUUUGAUUAAUCCCACCGAUCAGGUUCUUAUGGCCAGGCAUCUGCUCGAAGCCUCUCUCAUGGGGUUCUUGCUGUUCCUCGCACUGAUGAUAGAUAGACUUCACCAUUACAUUCGAGAGCUUCGUUUACUCAGGAAGGCCAUGGAGGCUGAAAAGAAGCAAAACCGAGGUUUUGAGGAUGGGAAAAAUGGCCGUGCAGAAGAGGCCAAAGCUAUGGGGGAAGAGAUGAGUUCAUUAAGGACACAAAUUAAGAAGCUGGAAUCUGAAUGCGAGACAAAAGCCAAAGAGGCAGAGGCAGCAGAAGCCAAUACAGUCGCUCUAAAAAAGCAAUCUGAAGGUUUCCUUCUGGAAUAUGACCGACUGCUGGAGGAGAAUCAAAACCUUAAGAGCCAGUUGGAGUCAAUUGACCAAGGUCUACAAUCUUGAGAGCAAGAAGAGUACACAAGUGAGACCUCUUGAUAAUCAAGUUUCCCAUCCUUUCAUAUAUUUGAGGUAUUUAAGAUUUAAGAGGGUUAUAAGUAGGCGUAUAUCCCCAACAAUGCAAGUGGUUUAUGAGUAGGCUGGGAUUUUGUGUGAAGGAGGCUGUUCAGUAUUAAUAUUGGUGAAUUUUGGCUACUUCUUGAAUUUAUCUUCCCUGUAAGCCAAUUCUGAAUGUGUUCUUUCUGUGUCAUUGUGUGGCUUCCAGGGAAGAGUGCUACCCAGUUGAUUAUUAGUUCCUAAUUUUUAAAAACGAAAAAUAGGGAGUAUAAUAUUGUAUCCAUUUGCAAUA